UUGUCGCCGUUCGUUCACUCUGUCAACUGGGAAUUUGAAGCAGGAGCAAUUCCAAGCAGGAUGGAAUCAUCCUGUCCAGCUCAAAUCUUGUUGAAAGAUAAGUCAUUCUGGACCGUCACACUCAUCCGUUAAGCAGGACCUCUGGAACGAUCGGGAAACAAGCGCCGAUAUUCUACAUAAUUUCGUCACCAGCCCUUCCCGCCAAAGACCACUCACUGCAGCAGCACCGUUGUCUCAGGCGCUCCUACUGUGCAACAAUGACUAGAAGUGACGUCAUCGUCGGGUGAUCGACGAAGUGAGACAUGGGCGGGAUUCAGGGCGGGAUAGGUAGUGAGACACGGUGCAUCGUCACUCCGGAUGUAACCAGGCGCUCCAUUCUCGACACUGGUAUGUUGGGAAUGACGUGGUUCGAUCGGGCUGAGACAUGGGCGGGAUAUAAGGCGGGAUGAGCAGUGGGGCGAAGACCACAGCCCUCUUGCUUCCAACCACCACAACCCAACUUCACAUCUUAUGCAACGAGAGCUACUGCCUACCACAUCCACCCACAAUCCAUUUGAAACCCAUCCAUCAUGACUUCCACCCGCUCAUCCCACGCCCCGCUGCCAUACACCCGCCUCCCCGACUUGACGGGAUCUACCGUCGAGAACGGCAAACUCAAGUUACUUGAGCUCCUCGGCCACGGGUCAUUCGCCAAGGUCUACAAGGCUCUAGACACCCAGUCGACUGCGUCAUCCGGGGCACCCAUUCACUACGCCGUCAAGUGUCUCUUGAACGGCGAGCCCGGAUCGCAGGAGUACAACAACCUCCUGAACGAGCUCAAGAACCACACACAGGUCUCUGGCCUGCCCGGGGUCGUGGCCCUGCACCGCUCCUUCGUCGAGGGCGAGCACGUGUUCGUCGUGAUGGAGCUCUGCGACACCGACCUGAACCGCUUCGUCAUCGAGCACAAGCUCUGCGAUAAGCAGUGCGACGUUGCGAAGCGGGUGUUCUUGGACGUACUCGACGCCGUGGAGACAUGCCACGCUGAGGGUGUGUUCCACCGGGACCUGAAACCCGGGAACAUCCUGUGUGACGCUGAUGGCAAGAACAUCCGAAUCGCCGACUUUGGUGUUGCGACUCGCUCUGAGGAGUCGAAACAGUUCGGCGUUGGAACCGCUGUGUUCGCUAGUCCUGAAAACAUGGACAAGACCCGAGACACAUACUCCCCUCGUGGGACGGACUGCUGGUCGCUGGGUGUGAUCCUCAUCGCCCUCAUGACGAGCAGCCUUCUUUGGAAGGCACCCGUCGAGGCCGACGACACCUACUCCGCGUACCGCGCCGACCCCGCGCACUUCUUGCGGGGGACGCUCGACCUAAGUCCAUCCUUCAACUCGCUCGCGAACCGGAUCUUCGAUCCCAAUCCCGCGCGCCGGCCGAGCAUUCCAGAGUUGCGCACGGAGGUCGAGGCGAUAGACACGUUCGUCGUGCCUCCGCCCGUAGAUAUAGUUGCUCUGGCUCUGCAGAACCCACUGCACAAGCCCAAAAAGAGCAAGCGCCGGGCGACGCCGCCUCCGGUGGACAGCAGCGCCACCACACCGCGGCGCUCGCUGAGCAUUGCUUCGCUGACGAGGAAGCUGAGGAAGCUCGUGCAUCGUCGGGCAUCGCCGUAGUUUAUUUCUAGUCUCUGUCUCUUUUUGUAGAAGCAAUCUUAUUUCGCACUUGACCUACAUGCUACUCGUA